AUGAGUCACACCGCGAAGCAGAGCACGCCACCGGGGACAGCCUCCCAGCCGAGGGGCGCAGGCAAGAACAACGCCAUGUCGGAGCUUACUGAGGAUCAGCGACAGGAGAUCAAAGAGGCCUUCGAUCUUUUCGACACGGACGGUAGCGGCACCAUCGACGCGAAGGAGUUGAAAGUCGCCAUGCGAGCACUCGGCUUUGAGCCCCGCAAGGACGAAGUGCGUCGACUGUUGUUGUCCAUCGCUGAGGAACGACGCGUGCCGGGGGUCGAAGCCGCUGGUCCCGGUACGGAACCGCUGGCGAUUGGCUUUGCGGAGUUUACGGAGCUCAUGGCCCGUAAGAUGACGGAGCGGGACUCACGUGAGGAGAUGCUGAGGGCGUUUCAUCUCUUCGACGACGACAAGACGGGGAAGAUCUCUUUUAAGAACCUCAAACGAGUGGCGCAGGAGCUCGGCGAGAACAUGACAGACGCGGAGCUGCAGGAGAUGAUAGACGAGGCCGAUCGCGACGGUGACGGUGAGGUGAGCGAGGAUGAAUUUCUCCGCGUGAUGAAAAAGACAUCGCUAUACUAA